AUGGAAGAACAAGAAGAAGCGAUGGCUUAUGGUGUUGUGAUAAUCUUCGACACCUUGAGAGAGCUCUCUGACGCUGCUGUGUUGUGGACCUUGGAUCGAGUUGUCCAGCCAGGAACUCUCGUCACUCUUCUUGGCAUACUCCACGAAGUUCUCACACCAAGUGAAACUGGAAGUGAAGAUUGUUGCCGGCAGUCCCUUGAAUGUCGUAGCAGUGAGCGAAACAAGGAAGCUUCAAGCCUCGUGGGUGAUAUUGGACAAGUGUUCACUCCAGUCUUAUCCCAGCAGGAUUUCGAUAAGCGAUGCUCAGGGUGUUACUGUAAGACAAGAAAUGCACAAGAAAUUAGAGAGUUUAAACUUGCAGAGAUCGAGGAAGCAACUCACAGCUUCUCGCAAGCCAACUUUUUGUCUGAAGGAGGAUUUGGCAAUGUGUUUAAAGGCAUUCUACUGGAACAAGGACUCGAAGUCGCUGUGAAAAGGCACAAGCUUAAAAGCACACAAGGAGAUAAGGAGUUUUUUGCAGAAAUAAAAGUUCUCUCACACACAAACCAUGAAAACGUUGUCAGCUUGGUCGGAUACUGCACUGAAAAUGGUCAGAGAAUCCUAGUUUAUGAAUACGUCGGAGACUUUGGACUUGCAAAAUGGGAAAAUGACUCGGCGGCACCGGAGACGACUCUAGUAGCAGCUACUGGGUAUGUGGCUCCAGAGUAUGGAGCAACUGGCGUGGCAACAGAAAAAGCCGAUGUUUAUUCCUUCGGCAUAGUUCUGUUGGAGAUUAUCACUGGCCGCAGAGCGAUUGAUUUGUCUUGCGAGCAGACGAGCCUGGUAGAAUGGGUGAGUAUUCGCUACUGCAUGCUAGAGCUUUUACCUGAUCUUUUUCACCAGGCUCGUCCAAAGCUUGAAGUUAGAGACGCGAAGUCACUGCUGGACCCGAGGCUUGGGACUGACGUCGACGAAUACCAAAUACAGUGCAUGAUUCAUGCUGCCGCGUUUUGCCUGCAAGAAGACCCGUCGCGAAGGCUGAGGAUCAAUCAGGUCAGUAAAAACAUCAAAACUCGGUAG